GAUUCGUGCGUACCUUCCGCGUGUGUCGCGCACCGAUACCGAGCGUGCUGCAGCGCCGAACGUAGCCCGCCGCGAGUGGUGUGACCGCAGUGCUAGUGUAGUGCCGGGAGUCCGCUGGGCGCCGGCUGCCGCCAGCAGCCGCAUCGCGUCGGCCGCGGAGCGCCGAGCCGUGCGCGUGUGUCAGUGCGUGCUACUGGUGUUCAGCACUGAGCGUGUGCAGUGAGUGGGAGACGGGAGAGGCGCGGGCGCAGCGCGGCGGCCGCGGCGGCUGCGGCAUGGGGCGCAGGCGCGGCCCGCCGGCGGCAUGGCGGUGAGCUGCCCCGAGGUGAUGUACGGCGCCUACUACCCCUACCUGUACGGGCGCGGUGCCGCGCGCUCCUUCCACCACGCGCCGCACUUCCAGUACGAUAGGUUUAACGUGCAAAGUGGCAGCGGCGGCGGCAAUGCGGCCAGUGAGGCAUACGGAGCGGGCGCGGGCGGUGCGCUUAGCUCCGGGUCGGCGUCGUCGGGCGCGCAGUCGCCGGGCUCGCCGCCGCACGCGCAUGCGCACGCGCCGCACCACGCGCCGCGCCUUCGCGCCAAGGAGGAAGAGCUGCCGCACGGUCGCGCCAGCGCCGACGCCCACGGCUCCUCCGAGUCCGAAGGAGAGUGCGCGACGGGCGCAGGCUCGGCCACCGGCGGUGGAGCGGCCGGUGGGGGAAACCGUGCGCGGGCGCAGUACGUCAGCGCUAACUGCGUCGUGUUUACACACUAUUCAGGCGACGUGGCCGCCGUCGUCGACGAGCACUUCGCGCGUGCGCUGUCGCUCGACAAGCCCAAAGAGAGCGUGCCGAUGGUGUCGCGCAACCUGCCGGCGUCGUUCUUCAACGCGGCGGCGGCGGCGGGCGUGGCGGGCGGCGGUGCGGCGGGUGGCGCGUGCGGCGUGGACCUGUACGAGUACGACCCCUGGCAUCAGCACUACGGCGGGUACGGCGUGGGGCACGCGGCGCACCGGCACGCGGCCGAGUAUCACGCGGCGGCGCAGGCGGCGCAGGCGCACCACAGCAUGGCCGCCGCCGGCUAUGGCGGGCUGCUGCUGGGCCGCGGCGCGCUGCACCCUCAGUACAAGCCGGUCGAGUGGGGCGCGCAGCACCAUGCGCCGCACCACCUGGACCCCGCCGCCUGCUCGCCCUACUCAUACCCCGCCGUGCCCGGUCUGGAGGCGCAGGUGCAGGACACGUCCAAGGAUCUGUACUGGUUCUGAGGCGGGGCGAGGCGCGGCCGCCGCGCGACUCCACUGCAAGGCUGUUCACAAAGACAUUGUAUAGUUGUACACGAUUGUAUCGUAGCUCACUAGCGUUACGGCUUAGAUUUAGUGUGUAUAAAGUGUGGCGCCGCGCGUCCUCCGCGCGUUCUCCGCGACUGUAGGCGUGCGUCGGGGCCUGACGCGGUUGAGACGCACUCAUCGCUCCGGCAUAGCAUAGUACUAUAGUAACUCAGGUCAAAUUUUGUAUAUUGUUUCGCGAUUUGAGUUCCUAAUCACCAUAAUAAAAUUAAUGAUUCUUUUUCUAAUAAUGAUUAGCAUCUGCUGCAUAAUGUGUAUACUGUUUGAUUAAUAACAAAAGUUCAGUUCUUAAUGCUCUAUCUUGUGAAUGUGCUGAUAGCUGCGCGUUUACCAAUAAACUGAAUUCGUGUGCGUAAGAUACGUGUCUCCGUAGGUAGGUGAGACGGUAAUGACGUCAUAAGUAGUGGAUUCGUGGAUGACUGAACCGCGACCAAACUAAAUAACGAAUAUUAAGUCAUUAUUACCGUGAGAUGCGACACGCCUUUCUGUCCGAUGUUGCAAGUUGGCCGAAGUUGUAACACGUAUUUGAUCUAAAAAAAUACCACGAACCAUGGCCACACUAAGGUUUAAUUGGAUGUCACUAUAUGUCAAUUUGCCGACUGACCAACUAGUCAAACGAUUGCGUGUCCAAAUUCAUGGAGUUUACGAAUAGACUUGUUCCUGAUGAUCCACAGAGCCUCCCGAUGUCGACUUUUUUGUUCCAUGAAACACGUGUCCUAAUUAACACAAUGUCAUGUAAAGAGACCAGUUGCUUGCAUUAUGUUUCUAUACAAAAAGUAAUGCCGCUCUUUCGCGUGUUAUCAGGUCAGAUCAGACAGCUCUUUUUGGUAGGUGUAUGUAAGUAAUAAUAUGACAGGUCGAUCGGACUACUGGCGCUGUAUUGUACAGUGUAUAAUAUGUUGUAGCAACAGCUAAUUACUGCUUCGUAUUUCGAAAAGUAACUACUGAGCGUGUGAUCAAACUUAUACGGAUAGGUAUGAUAACGAAAAAUAUGCGCUUACGAAAAUUUACAUUUACCUGUAUACCGUCAUUCUAGAUUCCCGACAGUAGGUCCUUUUUGGUAGUCAUUCAAAGAUAUAUAAAUACAUUUCUAUUAUUAAUAUUUAAUUCAAAAUGAUACCUAAGAAGUAUUUAAUAUCAUUCAACCUACAUAAAACUUACAUUACGAACAUACCGGAUUUUAUGGGUAAAGACUUUGUAGUGAGGCCCCGACGCAGCGCGCUACAUAGUAGUAACUCAGAGCACGCGGAGCGCCCAGGCCCGGCUCGACUGGGCGACAGCGCGGCGGGACGCGCGGACGUGCCGUGCGCAGUACUCGUUAUAGAUAGAUAUUUAGUGUGUAAAUAGUGUCCCGAGGAGUAUAUAGAGGUAUAUAAGGUAAGCGGGUGAGCGGCGAGUGCGCAGCGGCGCCGCCGUCUGUACAUAGUGAGAGUAGCCGCGCCGCGCCGCACACAGCACUCAACACCAUGUAUGUCGCAACUAAGCUGCCUUAAUGUAACCUAUUGUAUUUCAAAAGUAUUUCGAAAACCCAAGCUUCAGGCAUCUUACUGUCUCCUAUAUUCAUUGGUAUUUUUAUAAGCUCGCUAUUUAAUAACAAUAUUGUAUAUUGCAUAUUCGUAUUUCCGAUAGUUACCGAAGAUUGCCGAGGCAUCUUAGUUGCGGUAGAUUACAAAUGUUUGGAAAUGGACUCUCUCAAAGUUGAAACUUGUAACAUAAUAAUUAGCGUGGGGCGGAUGAAGAGCACGCGGCGACGCGGCGGUGCGUUACGCAAUCUCGAAACAAUGGAGCCGCGGGACGAGAAUAGCGCGCCGCGGAGCGGAGCGGGCGGCGUGUCGGCGCUGUCGGUGCACCGCCUCGCGUCGGGACAAUACGCACCGGCUUAUUGACCGGCCGACGCAGCCGGCCGAUAUGUGCGAUCAAAUUAUAUCGGCCGCGACGUGGCUCCGCGACUCCCUCGUCGUCGUAGCGGCUGACACACGGGUGACACAGGUGACACAGGUGACACGCGGUGCAUAUUAGGUUGAGAAAAUGCAGUGAUGCAGGCGUCGAAGUAUAGUAACGUGAACGUAUCCAUUGCCGUUUCUGCAAUGAAUAUUAUAUAUAACGUAAUUCUGAGGCAUAUUUACAGAUUUAUUAAAAUUAUGAUAAUAUGAAUAAUUUCCCGAAGUUUCACGCGAAUUCAUUACAUUGGGUUUAAUUUCCGUACCUGAAUAAAAAACAUCAGUUACAUGUGCCCACCUCGCACCCGACCGAUCGACAUCGAUCGUCUAUUACUAAAUCUAUGUCGUGUUAUGCGUUGUUGCCCGCGACGGUAUAAGCACAGAAUAAAUCUUCUUUAAACGUUCGAUACUCGCUGCGCCUGCACACUGCGAGUAGGUACAUGGCGUUGUAUCUCCUGGGAGUGCAGUUUUCCGUCGGGUAAUCGUAUGACGCGAUGCGGUUAGCGCUAGGACCGUCGCUCCGAGUGUGUCAUCCGCUGCGACUUGGAUGCCGUAUUUAAAAGCCAUUCAUUUCGUCCUGCGGUUCCCAUGGCACAUGACAUAAUGUAAUGUACUGUAAAUUACAUAGUGGUUGUCCAAAUGUAUAUCAUUCGACAAAGGAAGUGUUAUUCCAAUACAACUAGCAGACAGUAUUACGGUAUUAUAUUUUCUUUAGCAAUUUAUCAGAAAUUUUCCUAGUACGUCAACGAUGAUGUUAAUGCAUUUAGAUUUGUGAAUUGUAUAUUUAUUAUAAAAUUUGAAGCUGUAGGUAAUUCAUUGACACAGUAUAAUAUAUGAAGUUAAGGUUGUCUGCAAGUUGCAUUGGAAGUGUAGAGCCGCUGCGCCGGCCACUAAUGCGGUGCUAUCGACGGUGAGAGACGAGCGGUCGCGUCCACGGCACAUAGAUAAAUCAACUUUAAUAAAUAUAAUAAAUUCCAUAUGUACUGUGAUUGUUUCA